AUAAUCUGUAUUGUCUGUUAUGCCAAGGUGUAUGAAACAAUCCUUUUCAAGAUGUAUGGAACAUCACAUGUUGCAUCAACACCAGGAGGAAGUUCAACGGCGUUUAACAGGGAACACAGAUGCAGCCUCUCACCACCUGUUUUUCCAAGUUCUGCUCAUGCCUUUUUGGAUGACGACCGUGCCUAUGAGUGCUGCUCCACAAGUCCUCUGACAGGCUGCCUUGCCUCCUGUCGCCGCAGCCCCCGCCUGCUUUCCAAUGGCUAUUACAUUCUGACAGCAGACAGCUUGCUCUGCGAUGAGGAAGGCAACAUAACACUGACACCAUCCCAGACAAGUGUUACGUAUAAGGAGAAUUUAAUUCGUGUGUUCAGGCGAAGGAAGAAAAUCCGCCGCUCUCUCACCAGCCUGUUCAGUCUCAGUGCCUCCAGUUCAUGGCUCAGCAGCACCAUCCUCAGCAACAGGGACUCCUCCCGUGUGUAUGAGCCUUGGCCUGAUGGAUGUAAUCAACUAGAAGCCAGUGAGAGCGAUAUUGUUGAUUCAGAUGUUUCUGCUGAGUAUAUCAGCCAUGUGCCACGAGGGCAAACUCCAGCAUCUAAUGGAGCCUCUCUCACCAAAGAUGAGGAGUUUCUGCAGCCUGGGAAACCAUUUUGUGCUUCACAAUCUUGCUCUCCAUUUAUGAUAAAUGCAAACGAAGAGACUUUGAGCAGUGCAAAAUCCAGGACAGCACGAAACAUCCUUUCUCAGAUAUUUGCAGUGAUUAUAUGUUUAAUCAUUUCAAUAGGAACAAGGUAUUUUCUGGGAGGAUUGUCUGCCACUUUGUUGCUGAUAAUUGUAGUUUUUCUUUUGUCCCAGGAUGCUGCUGUGUCAUCUUUCUUCAGUUUUGACACAUCUUUUAGAACAACUAAGUUUUGUCUGGCUGUUCCCCUGGUGUGCCAGGAGCAGCCGCUGCCUGUGGAGGGGCUGGUGCUGCCCGCGGGGGGCAGUCAGACACCGCCACUGGGGCUGGGAGCUCCGCAGCGAAACCGCACAGACCAGAGGUCCUCGGGGGAGAAGGAGUGGCCAGAGCUGAAACGUCACUGUCUGUCCAACGCUGGCGUCCCAGCCAGACUCAAGCAGGUUAUAGCUGCAUUUCUGGCAUCACAAAUCCGAACAAAUGAUGCAAUGAGGGAAAGG